AUGGAUGCCGAUGACGAUGCGAUCGAUAUCGAUGAUGAUGAUGACGACGAUGCUGGCAUAUUCAGCAUCGCUAAUGGCUGCCAAAGCGAGGAAGAUGACACCCUCACUGGCGAAGACAACGUUCUUUCAGCGGUGCACACGAAGCGCACUGCUGUUGACAAAGAUGAAUCAGCAGAGGAAUUUCUGCUGACUCGCAACGCGGUUGCUCGCUUCGUUCAAAUCCUACUGAUGAUGCAAUAG